GGUAAUUAAAAAGCAAAAUGGGCGCUGAUGAUGGUGCCAUAAGUGCGGAUAAGGUGGAUAUUCGACUGCAGCCACUCAACAAGAACGGAGCACAAGACGAGACUGAUGAAGAAGCAGCAGAUCAAAUCCAACUUCGUGUCUACAAGCAGAGAUGGAUUGUUCUUCUUGCCGUUGCUCUUCUCAACAACACAAACACAAUGUCUUGGAUUGGAUACGCCCCGUCUGGAAACUACGUCAAUAGCUUCUAUGGAGAGAGCAGUGCCGCUUGGCUAUCCAUGGUGUACAUGAUGUGUACAAUCCCGGUUGGAAUGUUCGCCAUGUGGGCUGGUCGUGAAUGGGGUCUCCGAACGGCGGUGCUCAUUGCCGGAUGGGCCAAUGGAAUUGGAGCUGUUAUUCGUGUCAUCUCAUCAUUGGACUUUGUUCCUCAGGAUCUCCGUUUUCCAAUCUGUAUGACUGGACAAGGAAUUGCAGCCAUUGCUUACCCAUUCAUUAUGUUCCUUCCAACUAAGGUUGCUGGAUCGUGGUUCCCCGACACUCAACGUGCAAUUGCCACAAGUAUCGGAGUGAUGUCUAACCCGCUUGGAGUUUUGAUGGCCAACUUGAUCAGUCCUGCUAUUGUGAAGUCUCCUGAACACGUCAUUUGGCUCAACAUCUUCACAUGUGUUCCAUCUCUGAUUGCUAUGCUGAUUGCUACCUUUGGAGUCAAUCGCAGUGAACCUAAGAUCCCACCAACCUUCAGCGCUAGUAAGCCACAAAUGGACUUUGUCUCUGGAAUGAAGUCAUGCUUCUCCUCGAAACAAUACAUUAUCCUGCUCAUCGUCAUGGGUGGUGGUAUUGGAAUGUUCAAUUGUCUGUACACUGUCAUGCUUGAGCUUUUGUGUCCAUCUGGAUACUCUAAUUUUUUCUCUGGAGUAUGUGCUGCUCUUAUGAUUGUCGGAGGUGUAUUCGGUGCCGCUGCAAGCAGUAUCUUUGUGGAUCGCACCAAGCUCUAUGAGGAGACUCUCAAAAUUGCUCUUGGAGCUGCAGUCAUAUUUGGCUUGAUUUUCCUUCAGCUCACUCUUCAUCAAGGAUACUCAGUUAUUCUCGGUGUUACUUGUCUUUUGUUUGGAGUUCUUGGACUGGCCACGUAUCCAAUUGGUUUGGAAUUGGCUUCGGAAUGCACAUUCCCAGUGUCUGAAGCUACUUCAACCGGACUCAUUGUUUUGUCUGGACAAAUUCAAAGUGUCAUCUACGUCUUCAUUAUGAAGAACUUUGCCCGUCCACUCCAACCAGAUCGCAUGCACAUUCAAGUCUGCCAACUCACCCCAGACGAUACAAUCAAUACACCAAAGGAUAAUACCAUGUCCAUCAUGAUUUUCUCACUUCUUGCUACACUUCUCGUUCUUACACUUGUGGUCCUCUUCAAACCGGUCUACAAGCGAUUGGAAGCUGAACGUGGAAAUCGUGCAACUGCUGACAAAGCAAAAGAGCUUUCAAAUCAGAAUAAGGACAGAAUCACACUUCAAGCUGAAAGUGCCGUUGAACCUCUUCAGAAGAAAUAAUUGCGUUGAUAAUUAAAUAUUGUUUUAACCAAAAUACCACUCUCUUAAUAUUGAUCACUUGUACAAUAACCUUAUUUUGCAAGCAUUUUUACAAACGCCCAACCAACCAGGAUUUCCUUUCCAAAAAAGUGGAACCAAAUGUCCUCCAGCUUUCUAAUUUUCCAGUAAUAUCCUCAAACUCCAACAAUUCCCCCUUAAUUUAAUGUACUGUUAUGUUGUUGCAAGCCUCUCGUUCUAUUUCUCUCUACAAUUUAUUAUUGAGCAUUUUUUGCAUUCUAGUGCUUGGUUGUGUUGUACGAUUAUCUCAGGCAGCCAAAAGUCAUCAAGGACUAUAUUUGAUAAGAUUUGUACCGCACACGUUGGUCGAUUGCUGUCAAACCAAAAUUGCUUUAAUAAUAUGUUUUAU